AAAAAAUUCAAAAUAACAAAAACUCAAUACUUAAAUAUUAAAUAGUUUAACUAAAAUAAAAAUCACAACAGUAAGUCAUAACCAAUUGGAAAGUUCUAGCGUAUCCAAAACAGAAACACGAGUUUCCAAAAUAGAAACGCAAGUUUCCAUUAAGUUUCCAAACUGAAAUUUUUAAGAAACGAGUUUUCAAUGCGUUUCCGCGAGUUUCCGAGAGAUUCCGAUUCCGAAACAUUUCCGAAACGUGAAACGGACCUUCAACCGAGUUUCCAUGCAACAUAGGAUUAUUCUAUAUAGCAAGAGGAAGUUGAUGUGCUGCCUAAUCAAUGGAGCACAGUCCCAUUGUAAUUCACAUGUCAUGAAUCACGGGUCCUGCUAGAAAUAGUUAAUUAAUAGUGUGUUAGGUACAUAACUAUAUAAUAAUGGAGAAAGUUAAAAUUAUGUAAGCCCCAAUGAUGUGAUGUAUUUAACAAACAGUGUAAGAUUUUUGGUUGAUUAUGGCAAACAACAUACCAACUUGGCCAAAUGUAUGGAGAAAAUGUAUUUUAUGUAUCCCUUUUCUCGAUAUCAUAUCAUUGCGACUUACAUAAAAACCCAGGCCUAUACGCCCAAAAGGCCCAUUUGAACACCCCGGCGAGUCGACUCGAUAUAUAGCGCUGGAAGCUGGGAACUGCGAUAGUGUACAUGUCGUCGGUUCCAUUCACUUUAGCGAAGAGAUUCGUCUCAAGAUUCUCAACUUCUAUACCAAAACAGAAUAUGAGAGGUUUGGUAUUAUUUCGAGACAGGCUAGAAGGGAGAGGUCAGUGCGGGUGCUGGGUGAGCCCGUUGUAAGGAUAAUGGAAAGCUUCAAAAGGAGGAGAAACUUGAAAGACUUGCUUGAUUAUGCACGUUGACAUAAUUGCCAAAAUUACGUUUUUCAAGUGGGCUGGUAGAUGUGCAAACUUUCAACCUAACCGCUCCACCUACAUGGCCUUUCUACAAUGCCUUGAAGAAGAGGCUAGGAAGCUUGAUGAUUCUGAUGCAACAGAGAGUGUAUACAUCGCCCAAGAGUUGAUGCGUACGAUGCUCUGAUUAAGACUCUAUUUGAGUCCAAUGCACCUGAUUUAGAAGUGAUGUAUUUGUUUGAUCAGAUGAAGAAGGCAGACGGUGUUUCCCCUACUAAAAACACUUACUCUGUCCUAAUAGAUGGCUAUUGUCAAAGAAAUAGAGUGGACAAGGCUCUGUUGCUUCUUGAGGAGAUGGAUGAGGAAGGUCUCCCACCUUUUCCUCCAGUGUAUUGCAGCUUCAUAAACACUCUUGGAAAGGCAAAUGAGCUGUCUAAGGAAGAUGAAGAGAAUCUCGGAAAUGUGAUGAUCAAACAUUUUGGGAAACAUCGAAAACUCAAGGAAGCUGUUGUUGUGGAUCUUCUCAAGGACCAAGGAAGUGGUCUUGAUGUCAAUGCGCUUAUGUCAGGAACGGCGAAGAAUAUCCUUUCUCUAUUAAGAUUAUACCUUUUGAAAUUUGAUCAAUGGUGAAUGUUUUUUUGUUCAUUUAUAACCUGUAAUGUCCUUUGCUUUGGUAAUGGCUUCACUAGAUGACAUGGGAAGCAGGAUCAAUGAGCAUGAGCUAAAAGCUGAGAUUGGUGUACAAAGCACUCCUCCUCCAAAUCAGACGAGACACCCGCUGGUUCCCCCUAAAAUGGUGGUUCAUGCUCAAGUUAUUAGCAAGCUUGGCUAAUUAUGUUGUGUUGUACUGUAUAAUAUUAUUUAGUUUUAGUUAUGAUGAUUACUUUUCUGUGUAAUAAAGUAACUCUAUUAAUAAUUCAGAUGGAAUUUUGAAAAAUUACUUUAAAAGAAGAUUUUAUUUUGAAAACUACACAUUUUUGAGGAUUACUCAUUAUUCGGUUAUAAUAGAUGAUCUGACUUCAACAUGUUCACUAGUAAAACAAUGAUUUGUUCAGAUGACCAAACACAACAAUCUGAAACCAACUAGCAUUGAGAUGUUAGAAUCUUGUUUUGUGUUUGCCUUUUAGAAAUCUUUAAAUGAUAGAAUGUUUCUUAACAAAUUAUUUCAAAGUCAAUCAUCUGGAUAAUAAAACCCAUAAAAUUAUGAUUUAACUCACCACCAUAAAUCAAAAUUGCUUUAGGCAUGGAAAGAUAUUAUAAAAUUUUCAAAUAUUAUGACUUUCGACUUAUUAUAAUCAAUAUCCCUUUUUUAAUUUCACAUUUUAAAAAUUCAAAAAGAAAGUAGCAACACAAGAAACCUAACUAACUCCAUUAAUUAGGAGGAGGAGCGUGAGUCCAGCGUGGCAAGUAGCCGUUACACACCCACAAGCCGUUCACAUGCUUACGUGGCACGACAGCUAUUUUUAUUUAUUUAAAUUAUAAUAGAUAUAAUAAAAAAAAGAUAUGGUCGUCGUUGAAAUUUACGACAGAAAAUCCGACCGUUGUUUGAGACUUUGAGUUCAUCUUCUUCUUGCCCGAAACAGAACUCACAUUCUCAAAAAGCUUCCUUUUUUUCUUUCUCUUAGAUCAAACACAAAACCUAGAGAGGAAACAGUUGACCUUGUUCUUCUCUUACUCUUCGUGACGAAGAUGUUGGGAGAUUACGAUAUAACGGAGGAAGACAUGGUAAUCGACGAAGCUCAAGGCUACCCUAUAGCUUACGCAAAGAUCUGUCGCGAUUUAGACGCUUCUCCGUACAGAAAUGGACCUCCUUUCACCUUCAUGCCUUACAUCCUUCAGCAGAACGAGAGCUCAAGAUGCAGAGAAGCAGAUCAGAUGUUCCCUGUGAUUGAUCCGAAAGCAAGACCAGCAACAAAACCAAAGAUCUUCCUAAGUCUACUAUGGAAACAACUCAAUCAUCUAGGAAAUGCUGGGUUUGAUCCAGCUGUGAUCCGGAUUGAUCCAUAUGGGAAUGUUCUCUACUUCCACGCUGAUUCAGCUUCUCCUCUUGCUUGGGGUUUUGAUCAUUGGUUCCCUAUCUCAAGAGGAGGUUUAACAGUACCAAGCAACCUAAGGAUAGUGCAGUGGCAAGCACGCAAGAACAAGAAGGACAAACUCGAGUUCCUCGUACCAUGGUGGGAUCUUCAAGUCGGCAUCUCAGUAAACCAGUUCCUCUCUAUCUUCGCCGCUUCGAGUUCUGAUUUCAAGAGGAGAGCAUUUUCAUUCUUGUUCAGAGAAGGCGAAACCGAGGAGCUCAACGGCUCACAAACAGUUGACUCGCAUCGUUUCCCGCAGCAUUUUAUUGAAUCAAAAGACAAGUUUGGUCUUGCGUCAGCUGCAGUUGUUGUCUCUAGAAGAGAGCCUUAUGACCCUUCUUUAGUACUGAGAUCACUUGAUCACAAUCGUCAAACACCUGCAACUAUGUAUACUGCAGCGAGGAAGAUGAGACUCAAAGAGAAUGAGACGCCAGAUUUAAUGAAGAAUCCGUAUCAAGCCAUUGUUGCUGCUAGGGACUCACUCAGAAACCGAGAGGAAGCGCAUAGAAUGAGAGUUGAGCUGAAGAAGUUAGAUGAUGAGAUGAAUGAUUUGAAGAGAAAGAACAGUGAAGAGCAGGUUAGUAUCCAGGAGCUUGAGAGCGAGCUGAUUAAGCGGAGGAGAAGAGCUGAGAAGUGCAGGAAGUUGGCGGAAGCUCAGUGCUCUUAUAGGAACACACUCGAGAAGAUGAUCCGUGAUGCUAUGCACCAGAGUGUUGUGUAUAAGGAACAAGUGAGGUUAAACCAGGCGGCUAGUGGUGCACUGAUGGCGAGACUAGAGGCGCAGAAGGCGAUUUGUGACGGUUCGGAGAAGGAGCUUCACAAGAAGUUUAAGGAAAGAGAGGAGCUGGAGAACCAAGUGAGGCCUGAACUGGAGAAAGCAAGGAAAAGAUCAAGAAUCUUGGUGAAUGAUGAAGAUGAGUUGUUGCUGGAGGAUAGAGAUAAGAAGCUGUCUUUGUAUCUUCCUGGAACAAGUGAAGAUACCUCAUUACAAAAGGAGUUGAGAGUGUACCUUGAAGAAGAAGAACAUAAAGCAGCAGCAGCUUCUGAGAAGCAUGGGGAAAUAGAGGAAGUGGAAGAGGAGCAGAAGACAUUAGAAGAUGUUGAAGAGAAGCUUGAAGAAGGGAAGAGAGGGAGCAGAAGCUUUAGAGCAUUUCAUGUAUUCAAGGAACCAGAGAAUGAGGAAGAUGAGGAAAGCAGGAGAGAGCGAGGGAAAGGAAACGUCGAGAAAUGGCUCCACGUUUUACUGGAAAGCAACAGCAAAGACAACCUUCAAGGUGAAAGAAGCAAUAAGAUUGAUGAAGUGAUUGAGAAACUAGACCACAAGUUCCCUCUACUUGAAAAGGUUAAUGAAGAAGAAGAAGAUGUGGCUGAGGAGGCAAAGAACAAGGUGGAAACAAGAGGUGAAAGCAGCUCGCGUAGAAGCAGAACCAGUUUUGAUUUGAAGAACACACCGGAGAAGAGCGGGAGAGAUAAAGUGGUGAAGAGAUCAGAAAGCGCUAGAGCUUUCAGAAGGAUCCCAUCGUCUCCUUCACUCUUCUUUGGAAUGAAAAAGGGAAAUGACCUCGUCAGGAAGAAGCCUGUGGUCUCAGGUCACGAUGAAGAGAACGAGUAUCUCGUUAAGAACAACUUCAUCAAGUCAUCUUUCCAAACAAUCAAAAGAGCUGUCAAAUUCUAGACCAAACUCUUCAUAAUAUUCCAUUUGUUUCUAUCAUGUGAUCAAAUAUUGUUGUGUGUAUAAAAAGACUUCCUCAUUGGUUCUCUCCUCCAUGUGUAAUAAUAACAGCUUGUUGUGUUGUUUUCAACUUUUCAUUAAUACCUUGAAGGUGUUAUUCUUUGACAAGUCUUGUCUUU